AUGGUCUCUAGCGGUUGGGUUUUGGGUUUUACUAUUCUUUUCACGGCCUCUGUUGCAUUUAGGUACGAUCCGGCUUACGUUCAGUACAAUCUGAACCAAAAUCAGACAGCAGUCGAUCCGCUAGACUACUGGGGAGAAUGGUCGGGACAUGAAUAUACUCCUUCACCGUCGAACUGGAGGUUUCCAUUUUAUACUCUCUUUCUUGACAGAUUCGUCAACGGAGAUCCCUCCAACGACAAUAUCAAUGGCACCUCAUACGAACAUGACCCCAACUCCAACCAGAUGCGUCACGGAGGUGACAUUCAAGGCCUGCUGGAUACUUUGGACUAUUUACAGGGCAUGGGAGUCAAGGGGCUUUACAUAGCUGGCUCACCUUUCAUCAACAUGCCUUGGGGUUACGAUCAGUACUCCCCUCUUGACCUGUCAAUCCUGGACCCUCAUUUCGGUGACAUCGAUCUGUGGCGCACGGCUACACAAGAAAUCCAUGCUAGGAAUAUGUAUGUCGUCUUGGACAACACAUUCGCGACCCUCGGGGACCUCGUCGGAUUUGAUGGUUAUCUCAAUACCACGGCGCCUUUCACACUGGAGGAACAUCAUGUUCAAUGGAAGACAAGUCGACACUAUCAUGACUUCAAUAUUGGGAAUAACUAUAACAAGACCUGCAAAUACCCUAAAUUCUGGCUAGAAACAGGAUAUCCCGUCGGCGACGAUGUCACCAAACAAAUGGUGGGGUGUUAUGAUAGCGAGUUCGAUCAAUAUGGAGAUACCGAAGCUUUUGGACUAUUCCCCGAUUGGAGAAGACAGUUGACCAAGUUUGCAUCAGUUCAAGAUCGGCUACGCGAAUGGCAUGAGCCCGUCCGCCGGAAAUUGGAAAAUUUCUAUUGUAUUUUGAUAGCUCAACUGGAUGUUGAUGGCUUUCGGUACGACAAAGCCACCCAGAGCACCAUUGAUGCUAUGGGCUUCAUGAAUGAUGCCAUGCGCACAUGUGCACGCAGAUACGGCAAGACCAACUUCUUCCUUCCAGGCGAGAUAACGGGCGGAAACGUGUUCGGUUCGCUCUACCUUGGCCGUGGUAGGCAGCCUGAUAUGCUUCCCGAAAACCUCACGAUGGCAGUAACCAUGACCAACAAUUCAGCCGACAAAUACUUCCUGCGCGACCCCGAUCAUGGCGCCCUCGAUGCGGCGGCUUUCCAUUAUACAGUCUAUCGCACAUUGACACGAUUUCUGGGUAUGGAUGGUAAUCUUGAAGCUGGAUACGAUGCUCCGCAAAACUGGGUGGACAUGUGGAACGAUUUUCUCAUUACGAAUGAUUUUGUCAACCCAAAUACAGGCCUCUUCGACCCUAGACAUCUCUACGGGGUGACAAAUCAGGAUGUUUUUCGGUGGCCAUCUAUAACCAACGGAAUACAGCGCCAACUGCUCGGUCACUUCAUCACUACAAUCGAGCUUCCAGGAGCCCCUCUCCUCCUCUGGGGUGAGGAGCAGGCCUUUUACAUCUUGGAUAACACGGCCUCUAACUAUAUCUUCGGUCGGCAAGCGAUGUCGAGCGCGACUGCGUGGCAUAGCCAUGGCUGCUAUAGCCUCAGUUCCACCCAGUUCUACAAGAUGCCACUCAAUGCUUCACGACACGGUUGUGAAGACGAGGCGGUCAGCUAUGACCAUCGGGAUCCUUCGCAUCCUGUGCGCAACAUUAUUCAUCACAUGAACCAACUCAGAGAGCAAUAUCCCGUUCUUCAGGACGGUUUCUUCUUGCAGCAAUUGUCCAACCAGACCGACUAUAUCCAAUUGCCGGGCUCAGGAACUGUCAAAACUGAGACAGGGAUGUGGUCGGUCAUGCGAUCUGGCUUCUCGGGGGUGCAGGAUCUCAGUGGUACUGGAGCAGGCAAUCUCCCAGUCUGGUUGCUGUACUCAAAUGGCAAUGCAACAAGGACGUAUACCUUUGACUGCAACAACAACGCUACAGACUUGAAUACCACAAGUUUGAUCGCGCCUUACGAUGCAGGCACCACCGUGAAGAACCUGUUCUAUCCAUAUGACGAACAAACUUUGGUGGAUAGUGUUCAUCACCUGGGAAUUAAUGGCUCAACCAACCCAAAUGGUUGUCUGAGCCAUCUGGAUAUGGCGGCAUACGACUUCCGCGCUUAUGUUCCGCUGGACAACUGGGUUGGGCCGAAGCCUAUGAUCACAAAGUUCAACCCUGGCCAUGACCACCGCCUCGAAUCAAAGGCCAGCGCCAAUGGGACUGAGAGGGUUGAUAUCGAGUUUCAUUUCUCUGUGGAAAUGGAUUGCGACAGUGUUACCGAUAGCAUCUCGUUCAAUUCAACCACUGAAAUUGGCAGGACCCCGACCAUUGACCCGAACAGUAUUAAAUGCGCCAACAUGAGCAGUCCUGAGACUCCCCCUUAUGUGGGGGCGAUCUCGUCCACAUGGUCUUGGUCUGCGACGCUUGAAGGUGUUGCGAGUGGCAUACAUGCGAUUUCUGUCCGAAAUGCAUCGGCCCUCGGCGGGGAGACGACAAAUGCGGUGGACCGCUUCUUGUUCAGAAUUGGGCAAAGGGACAAUCCCAUGGUAUUUACGACUAGCGCAAAUUACUCGUCCAGUCUCCUGAGCAAGAGCGAUAACGGGUCGCUGAUUGUAUCACAUACAGCGGCUGGUGCCGACAAAUGGCGGUACUCCACGAAUUGGGGAUCCUCAUUCUCAUCCUGGAUGCCGUAUGAGGGCGGACAGAGCCUGAUUGAAGAGCAACCAUGGUCCGGAACGCAUCUCCAAGCCUGGAAAGGCACGCAUGUGAGAGUGGAAUACUUCAGCCGUCUGGCAGGCAGCAGCGACCAUAUUCAAGAGGGCGAUGUGGACCACAACAUUCCCAGGCGUUUUCCCCAUCUCUUCCUGAACGGCCCCUAUAAUCAAUAUGGCUAUGACGCUGGUCUGGACAACAAGAUGAAAUUGACCACCAACUCGACUUGGGAGCAUCAUUUCAUGACAGAAUGGAGUCUCAGCGGUGCAGUGGCGCAAAUCAAUGUUUGGGGUAUCAACCCCGACGGCAAACCUGAUCAGAGUUUUGUCAUGGGAGAUGCCGACGGAGAUUCUGUUCUUGAUCGGCUUUCGCCGUCAUCGUUGACUUCAGUCGUCCUCAAUAUCACCCAGCCUCCUCCAAGACCGUAUCUUGGAUGGCGCAUUGUCAUCAAUGAUGGAAAUCUGCGCUUCAAACUCGUGCCGUCAGGCAAUAUGUGGAGCCAGUUAAUCCUUUACGUCCUUUUAUGGACAGUCCCCAUUCUCACAGCAGCCUUCGCAGUGUGGUCAUUCAUGCAAGCUUUCUAUCAAGUCAAGUUCAAUAAGGUUGGGACGACGGAGAAAUCUGGAUUGAUCCCCGCAGGUGUCAAGAAACAGUUCAAGAAGCUCGUGGAUGAGGAAGACCACCCGGGGAUCCUCGCAAAGUUCACACGCAAACCCAAAUUUGUUCAACCCACCGGGACCAUCGUUGACCAGCAACGGCGUCGGACGGUUCUAAUAGCAACGAUGGAGUAUGAUAUUGAGGACUGGGCCAUCAAAGUCAAGAUCGGAGGGCUUGGAGUCAUGGCAUCUCUCAUGGGCAAGAACCUAGGGCAUCAAAACCUUGUUUGGGUUGUCCCGUGCGUCGGAGACAUCGACUAUCCUGAAGAUCAAAGGGCCGACCCGAUGACGGUGACCAUCUUGGGUAAACCGUAUGAAGUCCAGGUCCAGACUCACGUACUGCGAAACAUCACGUACGUUCUUCUCGACGCGCCUGUUUUCCGCCAGCAAACCAAGGCCGAGCCAUAUCCGCCCAGGAUGGACGAUCUCUCCUCCGCUAUUUACUACUCAGCGUGGAAUCAAUGUAUUGCGCAGACGGUGAACCGCUUUCCGGUGGACCUCUAUCAUAUCAACGACUACCACGGCUCGGUGGCUCCGCUGUAUUUGCUCCCUCGGACCAUUCCUGCCUGUUUAUCUCUGCACAACGCUGAGUUCCAAGGCUUGUGGCCGAUGAGAACGCGGAAAGAACGUGAAGAAGUUUGUUCAGUCUUCAAUCUCUCGCCGGAUGUUGUCCAAAAAUAUGUCCAGUUUGGUGAAGUCUUCAAUCUAUUGCACGCUGGAGCGUCUUAUCUGCGAGUUCAUCAGCAAGGUUUCGGCGCGGUAGGUGUUUCCAAGAAAUAUGGCAAGCGGUCAUACGCGAGAUAUCCCAUCUUCUGGGGCUUGAAGAAAGUUGGGAACCUACCUAAUCCUGACCCAUCAGACACCGGAGAGUGGGACAAGAAGCUUCCGAAAGAAACAGAUAUCCAAGUCGACCCUGAGUUCGAGGCUCGCCGUCCCGAGCUCAAACGUCAAGCGCAGGAAUGGGCUGGACUGGAGCAGAAUCCGAAGGCCGAGCUCUUCGUUUUCGUAGGCCGUUGGUCUAUGCAGAAGGGCAUUGAUCUGAUUGCCGACGUGUUCCCACAGAUUCUGGAAGCCAAUCCUAAUGUUCAGCUCAUCACCGUCGGACCGGUUAUCGACCUGUACGGCAAAUUUGCAGCACUGAAGCUGGAUCGAUUAAUGAAGCUAUACCCAGGCAGAGUCUUCUCGAAGCCAGUCUUCACGGCGUUGCCUCCGUUCAUCUUUUCCGGUGCUGAGUGGGCGCUGAUACCGUCCCGGGACGAGCCAUUCGGAUUGGUUGCGGUCGAGUUCGGUCGCAAGGGCGCUUUGGGAGUGGGUGCUAGAGUGGGAGGCCUUGGAUCGGUGCCUGGCUUUUACUACACCGUGGAAUCCAUGACAACAACGCAUCUCCUUCAUCAAUUCAAGCUGGCAAUCAAGGAGGCACUGGCCUGCAAGCCAGAAACCCGUGCUCUCAUGAGAGCAAGGGCUGCCAAGCAGAGAUUUCCUGUGGCACAAUGGGUCGAAGACCUAGAAAUCCUGCAGUCGACCGCGAUUCGCAUCCAUGACAGGGUGGAAGCAACGAAGCAUCACUCUGCAGCCGCUGAGAUGAUAAGGCCUAGCUCGGGAUGGUCGACACCCGGCGGAUCUGGCGCUGUGACCCCGCGGACACCCACCUUCCCAUAUUCGCGGACAUCAAGCUAUGUAACUUUGCAUUCUCUUGCCUCUCGUCUGAAAAACCUCGGGCACAACCGUGAACCAUCUCACGGCGCCAGCGAGAGAACAAGCCCCGGCGUCACCCGCUCAGCUUCGCUCGGAUCUCGCAGAGGGCCCGGCCAUGUGGAUGCUCGAGACACAAAUGAUAGCGCGGAAUCAAACACGACUACAACUUUGCCGCCCGUGCCGGAUGUGGAAGGAGAAGACACUGGUCUGGGAACGGCGGUCACGUUGUAUGACAACGAUCGAGAUUCGGAUAAUGAAGAUGAGGACCAUAUUGGGUUUGAAGAUGACUCGAGUGACUUUGAAGACGAACCCAUCGCAAUGCCAACGCAAACUCGUGGCCGCUAUGAGAGAGUUCCGGUCCACGAAGAAGGUUAUCCCCCAUCAAGAGGCAACGAGUCGCCUCGCUCGCCCAGAGGGCUAGGAAUGGAGCUUUCCACGCUGCCAAAGCAGAGAUCUGGUGGAGGUGACAGUCCUCAGUUUCCAGCAUCGCCGAGAGCUGAUUCCGGCCUCCUUGCCCCACCUCCCGUUCUCUCAGAAAAUCACAAUCGACUGUCGAGCAGUUCGAUGCUCUCGGUGAAUUCUGUUGUUGGCGAAAAGCAAGACUUCAUGCUUCAGAAGGUGGAUCCAUUCUUCACCGACAGCAGCGGCGAAUUCGCACGAGUGUUCGAGAAGAAACUUGACGGCCUCAACAGCAGCAACUCAGAAUCAGCGACCUGUAUCGAGGAAUUCCUCGUCAAGUCGGAGAAGAAAUGGUUUGACACCUACCGGAACGCCAAACUUGGCCGGCAUACCAUCUAUUCCACUGGCGCGGGCUUACAAGUCAACCGCGAUUCACGGGUGCCUUCUGGCACUGCGACUGAUUCCAUGUACGAAGGCAGCAGUGACCAUGGUUCCGGUAACGAACAUGACCCGAACAACCUGGCCGACGAGUUUCUGCUGGGGAAAGACUAUAGAGCCCCCAGUGGUCUCAAAAAGUGGAUGCAACUGCGCGUGGGAGACUGGCCUGUCUAUGCAUUUUUCAUGGCCUUUGGCCAGAUCAUCGCGGCCAACUCAUACCAGAUUACGCUGUUGACGGGCGAAGUUGGAGAGACUGCCGAAAAGCUCUACGCCAUCGCCUCCGUCUACCUUGUUACCUCAAUCUGCUGGUGGCUCCUCUUCCGUCGCUUCAGCUCGGUGCUCUGCUUGUCUCUGCCUUUCUUUUUCUACGGCCUCGCUUUCAUGCUGAUCGGGUUGGCGCACUAUGUGUCCACGCCCCACGGACGCGGCUGGGUCCAGAACAUUGGUACCGCAAUGUACGCGGUGGCGUCUUCUUCGGGCUCCAUCUUCUUCGCCCUCAACUUUGGCGACGAAGGAGGUGCUCAGGUCAAAGCUUGGGUUUUCCGCGCCUGCGUGAUCCAGGGUACGCAGCAGAUCUACGUCGUGGCUCUGUGGUACUGGGGCUCCUAUCUCAACCGGCGCACAACAGACGACCUUGUCACGUCAGCCGACUCGGUGGUGUCAACGUGGAAGAUUACAGCAAUCACGCUGCCUAUCGCCGUGCUUCUCUGGGCCAUCGGGCUGCUGAUGUGGUUCGCGCUCCCCGCCUACUACAGGCAGGCUCCGGGGAAAAUGCCGAGCUUCUACCACAGUCUGCUGCGUCGCAAGAUCGUCGUCUGGUUUUUCGUGACGGUGAUGAUUCAGAACUUCUUUCUCUCAGCGCCGUAUGGUCGCAAUUGGUCUUUUCUGUGGAGCAGUACGCACGCGUCGACGUGGCAGAUCUUCUGUCUCGUCAUUCUGUUCUUUAUCGUCGUUUGGGCCGGCUUCUUGUGGUUCUUCGCCUUGCUUUCCAAAUCCCACAGCUGGAUCCUGCCGCUCUUUGCCAUCGGCCUGGGCGCUCCUCGCUGGGCACAGAUCUGGUGGGGCACGAGCAACAUAGGUCUCUACCUCCCGUGGGCGGGUGGAUACACAGCUUCCGCUUUGCUCUCACGCUCACUAUGGUUGUGGCUGGGCACGUUGGAUGCCAUUCAGGGGGUUGGCUUGGGCAUGAUCCUCCUCACGACUCUGACACGAGUGCAUGUCGCCUGUACUCUCCUUACUGCACAGGUGUUGGGCUCCGUUGCUACCAUAGUUGCGAGAGCCUGCGCGCCCAACAAGAUCGGCCCGGGUCCAAUUAGCCCGGAUAUCAGUGGGAGCGCCGGCAAUAUUUGGCAAGCUUGGUUCUGGGUUGGUUUAGUGGCCAACCUCUGUGUCUGUUGGGGCUAUUUCAUGUUCUACCGGAAGGAACAGCUCAGCAAACCUUGA